CCGAAAUAGACUCAUAUGUAGAGAAAGAAAAAAAAUGUAAACAAAAUAUAAAAGUGCAAUCAAAGCUUCAUAUUUGAAGGCUUGCCAAGUCGCACUGUAAAUCUUGUUGUUUCACAACUGACUGGUCACAAAUUAAUUCGCCAAUAAACGGCGAAAUGAGUGUGCGUACGCAAAAGAUACUUUUGUGCGCGCUCAUUUUUUUAGGCAUUAUUUAUUUCUGUAUGAACCGGCAUAGGGAUGAUAAAGAUGUGUCUCUAAAGCAGCUUCUUGCCGCUGCGAUAAGAACGGCAGAGAUUGGGGGAUUGCAAGUAGUAGCAGUGCACGAUCAGAUUAAAUUUAAAAUAGAGAGCAAAGGUCAGACAAAGGAAGGCAUAAAUGAUCCAGUAACAGCAGCAGAUUAUAGAUCUCACUGCGCUAUGUAUCGCUCUUUGACAGAAGCAUUCCCAGGGAUUACUGUGAUAUCUGAAGAAACAUCGCAAGAUUGUGAUAAAAUUGUAGUUGAAGAUAUUAAGAAUUCUUUUAAAAGUAUCGAUGGUUAUGAUAUAAGUGACGAUAUUGUAAAUGUGAAUGAUAUAACAAUCUGGAUAGAUCCUCUAGAUGCCACUAAAGAAUUCACAGAAAAUUUACUGCAAUAUGUAUCUACUAUGGUAUGCAUAGCCGUCAAAGGACAACCAAUUAUUGGUGUUAUAUAUAAACCGUUUGAGACAAAACAAAAUUAUAGUUUAUUCUGGACAUGGAGCAAUCAUGGUGUAUCAAGAAACUUGAAAAAUUUGCCCAAGGUAAAAGACAAUAAAACACCUAUUUUAAUUGUAUCUCUUUCACACGCUGGACAAGUAAAAAAUACAUCUAAAAUUGCCUUUGGUGAUAACGCUAAAAUUAUUUCUGCUGCUGGUGCAGGAUACAAAUUUUUGGAGGUAGCUGUUGGUAAUGCGACAGCAUAUGUUCAUACAACUGCUAUUAAGAAAUGGGAUAUAUGUGCAGGCACUGCAAUUCUCAGUGCUUUGGGAGGAACAGUGACACAGUUAUACGAUCAACAACCAAUCUAUUUUGGAACUAAUGACGCCAAAGUACUUACAAAGGGUCUCUUAGCGACUAUGAGCGAUCAUGCGUGGUAUUCUGAAAAAUUCUUGCAUGACUUUCCAUCUGAUUCACAUUAAUCAAGAAUCACUUGAUGUCAAUAUAUUGAGAGAAAAUUAAGGUUGUAUAUAUUAAAUUCUGUUUAUAAAAGAUUCGUGUUUUAAAGAAUAUCAAUGUAUGUGCUCAUGUAUGUAAUAAGAUCACAUAUCUUCCAAUAGCUGUCCUAAGGCGGCGGUAUACAAUGCUUGUUUUCCCCUGCUAGAAUUUUACCAUCGAUUUUAUCACUUAUACUGCGAUGUUGGCGCUAACAAUACCGCAGUCAAUACAGUGACAAGUUUCUAAUCUAGCUAACAGACCAGCAACAAUCUAGCAGGAAAACAAAUGUAUGCUGCCGACUUAAAAGUAUUUACUGUAAGAAAUAAAUUUGUCAUAACUGUAUAUGUAUUUAAAAAGUAGACUUUUAUAUAAU